AUGUCAUGGCGGGGUGGGGGUGGAGGAGGUAAGGGGAAAGGGAAAGCGUUCGCGGGAAAUGCGCACGCGCCUUUCUUCUGCCAUUCCCCACUCCUGGGGCUGCCUCUGAACCGGAGCUCGCGGGGAAAAGAGCAAAGGAGCGGAGGCGGGGGAGGGGAGCGGCGAGGGUGUUGCUCGGCGCAUGCGCCCCAACUUCCUUUUUCCAUUCUGCUCGCAGCGGGUUUCCCCGGCUCCGGCGCCCUGGCUCCUCGGGCCGGGGUCUGGCUCCUGGUUUGGGGGGCGACUGUGCUUCUCCGUUGCAUCGCAGCCAACCACUCGGGCAAAAGUACCAAUUGUUCAGAGAUUGUCCUGAUACAAGAAAUUUUGAAAGAUGGAUUUCACAGAGACUUGCUAAUAAAAGUGAAACUUGGCACAAAUGUUGAAAAUUCACAGACUUGCAAUGUUUUGAUUAAAUAUCACCUCCCACCAGGAUUAUAUGUGGACCCAUAUGAAUUGGCUUCAUCACAAGAACACAAUGUGACAGAGGCAAUGAUCAUUCAAGAUACUGUAGACUUAGAAGCCCCCAACUAUUUGUCUAAAGAAUUCAGUGUUUUUGUUUAUGCCAAGUCAGAUUCUCAGUGCUCUGAGUGCUUUACCACAAUUUUGCCUGUCCACUGCCGGUAUCACCAGCCGGAGGGGAAUGAACAAAGAGCUUUUGUGGUGGUUAAGAACCCAGAAUUAUUUGUCAGUUGCUACAAUGAUUUUCCUCCUCUGAAUUGCUGGAAACAGUCUGACAUGGAAGCUCCGUGUUCUAUGAAGAAUAAGCACAUCUGUCAGUGGAGCAAUGUGAAGUACAAAUCAGUCAAUCAGAAUGUGGUCCUACAGGUUCCAGUGGGGCUAAGGGUACAUUGUCUCCUCGUAUGUGUCAUGACGCUGCUUGUUACAGUCUUAUGUUCUGGUUUCAUCCUUAGAGCAGUCUUCAAACAUGGUCAUUUCUCCCUGUGAGAAUGUAAUGUGGUGAUUUGUGGCAUUCCAGAAUUAUGGCAUUCCUUUUGAUUGGCAGUAAUGUAUUUUAGUUUUGGUGAAACCAAUUUAAUAAAAAAUAUAAAAUGGU